AGUUCCUAGCGGCUGGGGCAGCCAAGGACUUCGGUCCUAGCCGGCCGUGCAGGGCGCAGGGGGAGGGUGCCGAGGACCCGCGGAGCCGCUGCCUCAGUCUUGGCCGCCUCGCCGCCGCCUCUCCCGGGCCCGGCCCGGUGGGCGCUCGGAGCGUGAGGGCUCGGGUUGCUCCCUCUGUAGUGGGGGCGAGCGGGAGCCGGGGUGCGGGCGGCUAAGAUGAGUGAAAGGAGAAGAUCUGCAGUCGCCCUGAGCUCGCGAGCACAUGCCUUCUCCGUUGAAGCCUUGAUCGGCUCAAAUAAAAAGCGGAAGCUGCGAGACUGGGAGGAGAAGGGGCUGGACCUGUCCAUGGAGGCGCUGAGCCCCGCGGGCCCACUCGGAGACGCGGAGGACGCGGGCGCGCACGGCCUGGAGCCUCACCCGGAUUCCGAGCAGAGCACAGGUUCUGACUCCGAGGUGCUCACUGAGCGGACUUCCUGCUCCUUUGACACUCACGCUGACCUGGGCCCUGGUGCUGCAGGCCCCGUGCCUGCCGCCAUGUCUUCCAUGGAAGAGAUUCAGGUGGAGCUACAAUGUGCUGACCUCUGGAAGAGGUUCCAUGACAUUGGAACCGAGAUGAUUAUCACCAAAGCAGGCAGGAGGAUGUUUCCUGCCAUGAGAGUGAAAAUCACUGGCCUGGAUCCACACCAGCAGUACUACAUAGCAAUGGACAUUGUACCUGUGGACAAUAAAAGAUACAGAUAUGUGUAUCACAGCUCCAAGUGGAUGGUGGCUGGCAACGCUGAUUCCCCCGUGCCCCCAAGAGUUUAUAUCCACCCUGAUUCUCUAGCUUCUGGAGAUACUUGGAUGAGACAGGUGGUCAGUUUUGACAAACUCAAGCUGACCAACAAUGAAUUGGAUGAUCAAGGACAUAUCAUUCUUCACUCCAUGCACAAAUACCAGCCUCGAGUUCACGUGAUUCGCAAGGAUUUCAGCAGUGACCUUUCCCCCACCAAGCCCGUCCCCGUUGGGGAUGGCGUGAAGACAUUCAACUUUCCUGAGACAGUGUUCACCACUGUCACAGCCUAUCAGAACCAGCAGAUCACCAGAUUAAAAAUUGACCGAAACCCUUUUGCUAAAGGAUUCAGAGAUUCUGGAAGAAACAGAACCGGACUGGAAGCCAUCAUGGAGACUUAUGCAUUCUGGAGACCCCCUGUGCGCACACUCACCUUUGAAGAUUUCACCACCAUGCAAAAGCAGCAAGGGGGCAGCACAGGCACUUCCCCAACCACCUCCAGCACUGGGACACCAUCCCCUUCAGCUUCUUCUCAUCUUUUAUCUCCAUCCUGUUCUCCUCCAACGUUUCAUCUGGCCCCCAACACUUUCAACGUGGGCUGCCGAGAGAGCCAGCUGUGUAAUCUAAACCUCUCCGAUUAUCCACCGUGUGCCCGAAGCAACAUGGCUGCCUUGCAGAGCUACCCAGGGCUGAGUGACAGUGGCUACAACAGGCUCCAGAGUGGCACCACUUCGGCUGCUCAGCCCUCUGAAACCUUCAUGCCUCAGAGGACUCCAUCCCUGAUCUCAGGAAUACCAACGCCUCCCUCGUUGCCUAGCAACAGCAAGAUGGAAGCCUAUGGUGGCCAGCUGGGGUCCUUCCCGACUUCCCAGUUUCAGUAUGUCAUGCAGGCAGGCAACGCAGCUUCCAGCUCCUCAUCACCACACAUGUUCGGGGGCAGCCACAUGCAGCAGAGCUCCUACAAUGCCUUCUCUCUCCACAAUCCUUAUAAUCUGUAUGGGUACAAUUUCCCUACUUCCCCUAGGCUAGCUGCAAGCCCAGAAAAACUGAGCGCCUCUCAAAGCACUUUACUCUGUUCUUCUCCUUCCAAUGGGGCCUUUGGAGAGCGGCAGUACCUGCCUACGGGGAUGGAGCACGGCAUGCACAUGAUUAGCCCUUCACCCAAUAAUCAGCAGGCGACUAACACCUGUGACGGCCGGCAGUAUGGGGCGGUCCCAGGCUCCUCCUCCCAGAUGUCUGUCCACAUGGUUUAGUGGCCAGUCCCAGCACCGUGGAGCCAACAGCAGCCGAGGCAGAUCCAGAGUCUCCAGGGGCAGAUCCUCCUCUGUGGGAGCCCAACGCCUUUGAAAAACAGGAACUGCGUAUUAUUAUUAUUAUUACUUUCUGGAGGAGGAAAGCACAUACCCAACGACAACAAGAGACACUUAAAGCCACUGAAGGAGUACUUGCAGUGGAAUCAUCUCUGACUCAGCGGCCAUUCUUCUGCCUUCCCAAAUCUUAGCAUCGUCUACUCAGAGUGGCCUUUGAGGAAACUGAAUAAUUGUUUUAUAAUAAUGUUAAGGGAGAUGCUAGCAUGUAGCAGCCAUAAAAAGUUACCCACACACAGAUACAGACCUACCUUUGCAUACACACAUACAUAUGUGCAUGCAUACACACACACGUACAUAAAUAUAUGCAUACACACACUCAUCCAUACACAAACAUACAUGCACACUGACUCAGAACUGGGUGAACUCUGUGGAGGGAAGCCCAGCAUGGGUGCUUUCACCAAAAAUUUGUCUGUGUACAACAGUAGACGGACUGGGUCAGCAGUAGCUGCCUGCCAACGUUUCUUCCCUGCAGCUUACCCUUUUUCUGGAAUGAACCAUGUACCCUGAAAUCCCUUCCCAUCAAUGGGGGUAGAAAGACAUCAGUACUACAACUGGACUUGGCUUCCUGAAAAAGAUGGCUUUUGAACUUUGGCUCUCUUCGAUUGGUGUGCUAGCAUUGAUGUUCCCAGUGGUGCCUGUGAAAAGAGGGAGUAAGAGCAACUGAAAGAGAGAGAGAGAGAAGGAGAAAGAAUAGAGAGUAAGAGAGAGGUGGAGAACAAGACUGAAUGAGGAAGUGAGAGCAGUGAUGAGAGUUUUAAUUCACUGAGGAAAUAGGUUUGGUCCCCAUCCCUACUCCCCAGGGUAUGGAAGAGCCGUGGAGUUGUUGAGGAGUAAACCUCUCUGGGACGCUAUGCAUGGUCAGGGCGCGGGUGAGAAGCACCCAGGUGAGGCAUGAGUCUCAGUCCCACAGUUCUGACCAUCGUGAGCCAGAAGAGAGGGGCACCACACAGGAAGUGCCGAUUCCAGAGCAUGCAGCCUGGCAGGGGAAGGGAAGGAGUGUGAGAAAGGAAGAGUUUUAUAACCUCAACAGAUGAUACCUAGAACAGAGGCAACACAGGGAGGUCUGGCCUUCCGAAUGCCAGAUCCAGAUGCCUGACCUGGAUUGCCUGCCCCAUCUCCCCUGUGGCAGAAGGAGUCCUGUUGCCUUCCAGAGAAUUGAGAAUGGGCCUUCUAGAAUACAUUCUUUCACCUGCUCUUAGAUCGCCACUUUUUUUUUUUUAAUCAAAUAGUUCAUUGCAAUUUUGAAGUUUUGGAUUUUUCCUUUCAUCUUUCCCUUCCCCUUCAAAUCUUUUAAUGAUAAGAAAAGUGAAGUUUGGUGCCAGCUAAACUUUUUAAGUGGUGUGGAAAUGCAGAUAGUACCAAGUAAAAGAAUUCAGAUAUUACUAAGAUUUUUUUUUUGGUUUUGAGGUGUUGUAGAUAAAUGUAUUUAUGUGCCUAGUGGGGAAUCCAAUAUUAUGAAUAUUAAAAAAGGGGGCAAUAAAAAGGGUAUGUAAAAUAUGUAUGAAGAAAAGGUGUAUAAAAAUUUGCCCUUAUGCACGGAACUCUGUUUCUAAGUGCCAAGCACAGAAAGCCGCUAAAUAAAAUCUUUGCAAUUGUU